GAAGAACCCGCCAAGGUUCUCUUCGGUCCUCACCCCCAUUUCCUCUGCGCUGCAGUCCCCCACCCUCAAAUCACAACCCUAGGUCACAGAAGUCUCCCCCACCGCCGCAGGGAGUGAGAAUCAGCGCCGCCGGCCAUUGCUCUCAAUCACCUUGAAACCUUCAACCAAGCUUCUCUCUCAAAGAAAAAAAAAGUGAUAAACCCUAGCCUCCAUUGUCGCCGUCGUUCUUCUCACCGCCGCCGUUCCGCCGUUCUUCCCCAGCUUCUUUUCUUCGCGCGUUGCCAGCUUCUUCGCCAGCCUCCAUUGUCGUCCGUCGUGUGCUCGUUGCUGCCGCCAGCUUCUCCGCGUCACAUUGUUGCUCCCUCUCCUUCAAAUCUCUGCUCACUGCCGUCGCCGAAGUUAUGAAGAUCUGUUUGCUGAAAAUUUUCUUAGUGAAAUUCCUGAAAUAAUCCUAAGUACUUUAACCGCCGCUAGCCAGCUACCCUCAAUCUCAACCCUCUCAUCUCUCUCGCUGUCUCCAUCUCCAUCCUCUAUUCUCCAUCGCUCACCAUCGCUUCGCGUUGCCCUCCCUCCCUACACACUCACAGCCUCUCUUACUCUCAAUUUCUGCCUCCCAACUCGCCUCUCCCUACCCCUCAUUCCUCGUCCUCGCAACCGUUGUCUUAUUCCCUCGUCGGUGCCCUCUGCUUCUGCGCCACCGUCAUCCACCAAGUGGCAAUGGAGUUCGUUAAUAGGAUAGUUGAAAGUGCAAGGAAAGCUUCGAACAACAAUACGGUGAUCAAUGUUUGUCUCGCUGCUUCGUUUAUGGUGCUGGCUGGUAGAUCAUUCCAUCAGCAAAAAAUAAUUGAGGCUCUGGAGACUGAGAAAGCAUCUCUUGUAAAAUCAAAUAAGGAUAUUAAAAGGACUCUUUGGAAUUGGAAGCAGCAGCUUUACGCAGAAGCCGCGAGCGACGACGCCCUCGUACCGCUGCAUAGGCUCAAGGCCAUCUACGGCGAAACCCCACAUUCUACAGCCGUUUUAUUUUCACUUGCGGUGAUUUUGGCAACAUCAGAUAUUGCCUUGACAAAGCAAGGUUUCAAUUUGGACGGAAAAAAACCCUGAAUUGAAAUUAGGGGUGGAAUCGAGCCAAGCUAAGUUCAAGUUUGGUUCAUGGCUCAGCUCAUUAACAAUUGAGUCUAUUUGUAAAGUUUAAACUCGACUCACCAAAAGCUCACAAGUUGAAUUGAGCUCACGAGCUAGCUCAAAUAACAUGAACAUAUAUAUAAAUUUAAAUAAAUUGUAACUUAUAUAUAUAUAUAUAUAUAGUGAUUUAUUUCUUCUAUCAAUAUAUGCCUAUGUGAUUAAAAGUACAAAAUACAAGUUCAACCCAUUCAAUAUAUGAGUUCAAAUCUAGGCUCAAGCUUGGCUCACAAGCUCAUGAGCUUAGCUUAUUGAGCUAUUCA